AUGGCGGCCCCCAUAGGGCUGGUGCCUCGGCUGCCCCAAUGCCGGUGGUGGCUCCUUUCCCGCCGGGUGGAGGCAAAGCUACGAAUGACGGGGGCCCGCCUCAGCUCCACGGAAGCCGCUGCAGCUGCGUUAAGGGAGCAGCAAGUCCCGGGUGCCGAGGAGACUUCGGCUACUGAGAUUAGCACCAGAAAGAAGACGUUCAGUGAAGUGCUUGCAGAAAGACUAGAACAAGCUCAACGGACGGUGUUAAUUGACUGCCCGUCCAAAAUCAGUGAGAAGAAAUUUCUUAAAUACUUGUCAUCACAUGGAAACAUUAAGAAUCACUUCUUUUAUGAAAGUUAUGGCACGUAUGCCGUGGUAGAAUUUUCUGAGAAAGGCAGCAUCGCAUCACUGCAGGAUGUCACUGGUACCCCACAGUUCAGGGACGAAUGUCCUGUUCCAUUUAAAUCAAGAAUUUUUACUUUAACAUUGAAAAAUCCACCAAGCCAAGCUUCUGAACAAACACCAGUUCAUUGUCGUAAGUUGUCCACUGUUCCUCUGGGAGAACUGAUGAGGAAAUUAUAUAACGCCAACAGUGUGAGUGACCAGUUGCACAUGCUCACAGAGGAAUAUCAGCUGACCGAAGAAAACACUAAACUCCGGUUUCUGACUUGUUCUCUAAUUCAAGACAUUGCUGGUGCCUAUUUUCCAGAAUGCACCGUGAAACCCUUUGGCUCGUCUGUGAACACUUUUGGUAAACUGGGCUGUGAUUUAGACAUGUUUUUGGACCUUGAUGAAAUUGGGAAAAGCACUACCAGAAGGAAAACAGGUCCCUUUAACCUGGAUUAUCAAAUGAAGAGAGUGCCUUCUGAACGGAUCGCAACACAGAGAAUUCUUUAUGUGAUCGGGGAGUUCAUUGAUAACUUUGGCCCUGGGUGUGUUGGUGUGCAAAAGAUACUUAAUGCUCGCUGUCCAUUGGUGAGAUUUUCCCAUCAGCCUUCAGGAUUUCAGUGUGAUUUGACAGCUAACAACAGAAUUGCCAUGAGAAGUUCUGAACUCCUUUAUAUCUACGGCAGCCUUGACCCACGUGUAAGAGCUCUCGUGUUCAGUGUGCGGUGCUGGGCGCGGGCCCAUGGAAUCACAAGUAGCAUUCCUGGCGCAUGGAUUACAAAUUUCUCCCUAACAAUGAUGGUUCUGUUUUUUCUGCAAAAGAAAAAUCCCCCCAUCAUUCCAACCUUGGAUCACCUGAAGGAGCUAGCUGGUGUGCAAGAUAAGCAGGUAAUUGAAGGUCACGACUGCACCUUUGUGAGCAACUUGAACAAAAUAAAGCCCACAGGAAACACCCAGAGUUUGGAUGUGCUGCUGGGCGAUUUCUUUGAAUACUUUGGGAAUUUUGCUUUCAACAAGUAUUCACUAAACAUUCGCAAGGGGAAAGAGCAAAGCAAGCCAGAAUCGUCUCCACUCCAUAUACAGAAUCCCUUUGAGCAGAGCCUUAACAUCAGCAGGAACGUCAAUGCGACGCAACUCGAGCGGUUUGUCAAUUUGGCCAGAGAGAGCACCUGGCUUUUGCAGCAGGACAAGGGUCCUUCCAGCAGCGGCCAGCCCUGGGGGAUGGCGGCCCUUCUUCCAGCGCUGACUGCAAACGGUGUCGGCAAGGGUGCAAGGAGGAAGAAGGGAACCACCAGUGAAAGAAUCAGAGGCCUACUAGAGUCCUUAAAGAUAAAUAACCCCAGCAAUGGGGGAAAGACCUUCAGUACAUGGGUGCGGUAG